AAAAAAAUAUUUGUUCAAAAGUCAUAAUCAUCUUCAUAGAAAUCUUCAUUAGAACUUAUCUUCGAUUAUCAUACUUCUCCUCACUUUGUCUUCUUCUUCUUCUUGUCAAAGUUUUACUCCUUUACUAUUUUCCAUUAUAUUUAUUAAGAUUGUUGGAAACUGUGUGAAGUCGGUUUUUUUAGCUGACUACCAUUUGCUGGUUUUGUAUUUUGGAACUUUGAAGAAAGGGCAAAGUAGAGAUGCCAAUAUCUGGGACUGGGAAUCUUCCUAGAGUUUUGUCAGGGUGCAGAUGCUCCAAGUCUGCUUUGGUGUGGAGCUUGGUGGGGUUCCUUCUUAUGCUCCAACUGUACUCUCUUGCUACCCACAGAAGUGCAGUGAAAGGGGAUAUCGAAUUGCAUGUGAAUCGUCAUCCACUUGUCCGGGAACUUGAACAGGUGGAGGAGGAGAAUAUUCAAGUCCCCCCUCCUAGGAAGAAACGAUCUCCACACGCUGCUAAACGUCAACACAAGCAACCAAUCAAUCUGAUUGAUGAAUUUCUUGAUGAGAAUUCCCAGCUUCGGCGUGUAUUCUUUCCGGAUGUGAAAACUGCUAUAGAUCCGGUGAAAGAAGCAGCAAAUGAAAGCCACUACUACCAUCCAGGGGAAAUUUGGUUGGACACUGAAGGAAAUCCUAUUCAAGCUCAUGGAGGUGGUAUGCUAUAUGAUGAAAGAUCAGGUACAUACUAUUGGUAUGGAGAAUACAAAGAUGGACUCACCUACCAUGCACAUAAGAAGGGUGCAGCACGAGUUGACAUUAUAGGAGUAGGUUGCUAUUCUUCCAAGGAUUUGUGGACUUGGAAAAACCGAGGAAUUGUUUUGGCUGCGGAACAGACGAAUGAAACUCAUGAUCUCCACAAAUCCAAUGUGUUGGAGCGGCCAAAAGUUGUUUACAAUGAGAGGACAGGAAAGUAUGUAAUGUGGAUGCAUAUCGACGAUGCCAACUACACUAAAGCUGCUGUUGGCGUUGCCAUAAGUGAUUACCCGACAGGUCCCUUUGAGUAUCUCCGUGGCCGAAGGCCCCAUGGAUUUGACAGCAGAGACAUGACCAUUUUCAAGGACGAUGAUGGUGUAGCAUAUCUAAUUUAUUCAUCUCAGGACAAUAGUGAACUUCACAUCAGACCACUAACCGAUGAUUAUCUAGAUGUGCAACCCGAUAUGCAAAGGAUUCUGGUUGGACAACGCCGGGAAGCCCCAGCUCUUUUUAAGUACCAAGGGACUUAUUACAUGAUAACAUCGGGUUGCUCUGGAUGGGCACCGAAUGAAGCACUGGCACAUGCUGCGGAGUCGAUCAUGGGGCCAUGGGAGACAAUGGGAAACCCGUGCAUUGGAGGGAACAAAAUGUUUCGACUUGCGACUUUUUUUGCACAAAGUACAUUUGUGAUUCCUUUGCCAGGCAUUCCAGGUUCAUAUAUUUUUAUGGCAGAUCGGUGGAAUCCAGCUGAAUUAAGGGACUCAAGGUAUGUGUGGCUACCUUUAAUAGUUGGCGGCCUUCCCAAUCGGCCCCUUGAGUUCAAUUUCGGAUUUCCAUCAUGGUCAAGGGUGUCGAUAUAUUGGCAUGGGAAGUGGAGACUUCCCUUGGGUUGGAGGGUACCAAAAUGAGAGUAAUUUUUCUUCGAUUAUAAUAUGUGGUUCUAGUGUAUUUUAUAGUAAAGCUCUUCCUUCGCCUAUUCUUUCACUGGUUCGAAUCCUUGUUUCGUUCUUUUUCGAACCCUUCUUUGAGCUGGCAUGCCUCAAGAAUUCAGUGUACAUGGUUAAUCUUGCACUUUUCAGUUAACUUACAAUUUUUCUAUCUGAA